GGCGAAACAUCACAGUCACAGUCAUCUCGAAUACCCAAAGAUCUUGCUCUAGAUCUGGUCCGGUCAAAACUCUCACGUCCUGUGAAGCCUUUCACUGCUCUGUCUGAGCAAAGACAUCUCGACAGAUCGCUGAGAAAAGGACCGGCUGCCCUUCCUGCCGUAUCUGCUGACAGGCAGAACAUGUCUCAGAACGGGGAAGGCGGAGGCAAUUCUGAUCACCACGUGGUCUGCAGUAGUAAGGCACAUUGAUCAGUAAUCAUUCCUCACGCACUUUGAGAUUAAAGCUACAGAUCCCGAAGCACCUCACCUUCUCUUCUUCUUCUCCUACUAAUACCCCUGCAAUCUUCAGACUCCACUGACGAUGAACUCACUCAACUACGUGACCCCCACGAUGCCUUCGAACAACGUCGAUGACUGGCCACAGGAUGUGCAACAGGCAUCAAAAUGGCUCCGAAGUCAGGCGAUCCACAUCCGUGCCCCUUCGGAGGCAAUGCCAGGGAGCGGUGUUGACUUUUUCAGAAAGAUUGAUGCGCUGCCAAAGACGUUUGCUGCCUAUGAGACCUUUGAGCAGCUAUCUGCGGCCGUUGAACAGCUCCCUGAUGAGCAGGUCAAGAAAGCAUGGCAGCGAGCGACCUCUUCCACAUUCACCACCCUUCCGACAGGGAGCGGACAGGGUCUGCCAGAAUGGCUCCGUCUCGUCAAUUACCCUACUUUGAAUGCUGUCUUUGGCGAAGCAGAGAUGAACGGUCUCAUAACUUCCUCCACGAAAAGACUCUGGUUCGGAAGCGACGAGCCCUCUUUUGACAUUGCAAACGAGUAUGGAGUGGGGCCAUACAGCAAUUUCUACAUGUCACGCGCUUCCAGAACUGAGGUUGUCUAUGGCUUGGCCUAUGGAAGGUCGUGGCUACCAAAUGGUCACGAGAUGCCCUCUCCACGAAAUUGGGACCCCCUAUCAAGGCGUGCGCUUGACAGGCUACGACAGCACUUGCCCUCUUUUUACUACAGUCCUCGCUCUAACGACGAGCAAGCUGGGCCUUUGUUUCCAGGGAUCAUCUACGCGGCACAGGCAUCAGAGACCGAUAUGUUCAAGGGAGAGAUUCAAGCUGCCGCUGCGGCUGCCAAGGCUCUGCAAGUCCUGGAGGCCUUGAUGCGCACCUCUGACUCCAUCUCGAGCAGCCCGGUCGUUGCGAUCAUCGUAUCCGCAGGACCGCUCUGGCGACUUCAUUUUGCGACCUCAACGGUCAUUGGCAGAGAUCCCAACAAUCCCAGCUAUGACAUCUACAGAAGCAGAAAGCUCGACUUGUAUAUCGACGACGCAAGCGAUCGGCUCCGUCUGCACGUGAUCUUGGGCAAUCUAGAGCAAUGGCUACGUGUAACACACGGAUCUUGGGUACGCCGACAUGUGUCAGCGCUCUGGACUUCGUACCUAGAAGCAUGCUUUGGAAGUACGGUAGUAGACCUUUCGGGCGACGAUGAAGAGGCUGCCGAGGAGAUAUACGUGGAAGAUUCAGAGGGAGAAGUGUCCGAAGCAGGCAGCUCGGAAGCGAAUGACUGGAUGGGGCAGGACUGGGGAGCAGGUCCAGGUGAGGCUGAAGACUGGGUGACCCAGAUUCAACUUGCCAGCCUUCAGACACGCCUGUCUGCGAGUGAUGUGUAGGG